CAGCCUCCGUCCGCCGUGCGAGGAGCAGGCGGCCGGGGAGGGGCUGUGGGCAAGAAGUGGGCGGGGUGAACGGCCGAGCCCGAGCGGAAAAAUAAAAUCCUCCUGAGGAGAGGCGAGGGCCGCGGAAAUGCUGGAGCGCCGACGGGUCGUGAGGGGAGCCGCCGCCGCCGCUGCCGCGCUGUCGGAUCCCAGCGGCUGAGGAGGAGGAGGAGGGAGAGAGACAGACAGACAGGCCGGGCGGCGGGAGGGAGGGACAGCGCGACAUGUUCCGCAACGCGAUCAACCGAUGGUGUGCUGGUGAGGAAAAACGAGUUGACAGCCGCACAAUUUAUGUUGGGCAUCAUCAAAUUCCUGGAGUAGAAACGUUUCUCCCUCAAAAUUUUUGUGACAAUAGAAUAGUUUCUUCAAAGUAUACAUACUGGAAUUUCAUUCCAAAAAAUUUGUUUGAACAGUUCAGAAGAAUUGCAAAUUUUUACUUUCUUAUCAUAUUCCUUGUACAGGUUAUUGUUGAUACUCCAACCAGCCCAGUAACAAGUGGACUCCCCCUCUUUUUUGUGAUUAUUGUCACCGCAAUCAAACAAGGCUAUGAGGACUGGCUCAGACAUAAAGCAGACAAUUCUGUGAAUAAAAGCCCUGUCUAUAUUGUUAAUAGAGGGCAUAUAGUGGAAAAACAAAGUGAAAAGAUUCAGGUUGGGGAUAUUGUAUGUGUGAAGGAAGAUGAGACAUUCCCAUGUGAUCUCAUCCUUCUAUCUUCAAGCAGGGAAGAUGCUACAUGUUAUGUUACCACUGCUAGUUUGGAUGGGGAGUCAAGUCAAAAGACAUAUUUUGCUGUGCCAGACACUAAUGCAUUCCGUACUGAUGUGGAAAUAGAUUCUUUGAUUGCCACAAUUGAUUGUGAACAGCCUCGGCCUGACCUUUACAAGUUUGUUGGACGAAUUCAUGUUUUCAGUGAUAAACAAGAGCCAGUUGCAAGAUCUUUGGGUCCAGAGAAUCUACUGCUCAGGGGAGCCACCUUGAAGAACACUGACAAGAUAUAUGGUGUUUCCAUAUAUACUGGGAUGGAAACCAAAAUGGCAUUGAACUACCAAGGAAAAUCGCAGAAACGAUCAGUGGUGGAGAAGUCUAUUAAUGUGUUUUUAAUUGUAUAUCUGGGCAUAUUGAUCAGUAAAUCUUUGGUAGGCACUGCAUUGAAGUACAUCUGGCAACUUGACCCUGCAAACGAUGAACCAUGGUAUAGCUUAAAAACACUUAAAGAAAGAAAUGCAAAUAAGUUUGUCAAGAUGUUCACUGACUUCCUCUCGUACAUGGUACUCUUCAACUUUAUUAUCCCCGUCUCCAUGUAUGUUACUGUGGAGAUGCAGAAAUUCUUGGGUUCUUACUUCAUUACCUGGGAUAAAGAUAUGUAUGACGAUCAUUUGGGUGAAGGCGCAUUGGUGAACACAUCUGAUCUCAAUGAAGAGCUGGGACAGAUCCAGUACGUGUUCACUGAUAAAACAGGAACCCUGACAGAGAACAACAUGGAAUUUAUUGAAUGUUGUAUAGAUGGAUUCAAAUAUAAACACAUUGGAAUUGAAAUGUCUGUUGUGGAUGGCCUUUCUCCGACUGAUGGUCCUCAUAGUAGAGUCUAUGGAAUGGCUGGAAAGGAAAAAGAAGAGCUGUUCCUUCGUGCUUUGUGCUUAUGCCACACUGUUCAAGUAAAAGAAGAGGACAAAGUAGAUGGCUUGGUAAAGCAGCAAGAGAGCCAGUGCAUGUACAUCUCAUCCUCUCCUGACGAAGUUGCUUUAGUACAAGGUGCUAAAAAGUUGGGCUUCACGUUCAAAGGAAUGGAAAAAAACUGGAUGAAAGUACAGAACAGAGACACAGAAAUUGAAGCGUAUGAACUUCUGCAGAUUCUUAGCUUUGACCCUGUUCGUCGACGCAUGAGUGUGAUAGUGAAAGAUCGUUCAGGAAAAAUUUUCCUUUUCUGUAAGGGAGCAGACUCUUCAGUUUUUCCAAAGGUGAAAGCUGGAAAACAAGAAGAAAUAAAAUUACAUGUGGAACACAGUGCAGUGGAUGGUUUAAGAACACUCUGUGUUGCUUAUAAAGAACUCGCUCAGGAUGAAUAUGACCAGAUUAGCGCACAGCUUCAUACUGCCAAAAUGGCCCUAACGGACAGAGAAGAAAAGCUAGCAGAAGCUUAUGAUGAUAUUGAAAAUGACUUGCAUUUAAUUGGGGCAACAGCUGUGGAAGACAAACUCCAAGAUCAAGCUGCAGAAACUAUUGAAGCCUUGCAUUCUGCAGGUAUGAAUGUUUGGGUGCUCACAGGGGAUAAGAUGGAAACAGCAAUGGCCACGUGUUUUGCCUGCAGGCUUUUUCAUACCAAUAUGAAGCUUUUAGAGCUGACAACCAAACACAUUGAGGAGUAUAGAGCCAGAGGUGCAGAGAAAGUGCAUGAACUGUUGCUGGAACUUCACAAAGUGGUUGUCCAAGAUAAAAGAUGUUCUUCUGCAAGCCUUUUAAGAAGUUGGUCUGUUACGCAGGAAUAUGGCUUGAUCAUUGAUGGUGCUGCUCUGUCUAUAAUACAUGGUGAUGGUGGUACGAGUAACUAUGAAAACCUGUUGUUGCAAAUAUGCCAGAGAUGUACUGCUGUCUUGUGUUGUCGCAUGGCACCGUUACAGAAAGCGCAGAUUGUAAAAAUGGUGAAAAACACGAAAGAUCAUCCCAUAACUUUAGCCAUUGGUGAUGGUGCAAACGAUGUCAGUAUGGUUCUGGAGGCGCAUGUUGGGAUUGGUCUGAAGGGCAAAGAAGGACGUCAAGCAGCCAGAAAUAGUGAUUAUGCAAUACCAAAGUUUAAACACCUACAGAAACUUCUGCUUGUUCAUGGACAUUUAUACUACAUCCGGAUAGCACAACUUGUGCAGUAUUUCUUUUACAAGAAGCAGUACAGUGCAAGACAAAGACAUAAAAAUGACCAUAAGUUACAAAAAUAAAUAAACAGUGCAAAAGAGGAAUAAUGAGGUAGUGUUCAUCGGUUCACUGGUGAUGCAACCAAUCAGAAUGCUCUCCACCGUACAUCUGUAGGAUUUUGCAAGAGUCUUUGGUGACAUAUCAAAUCUCCUCAAACUCCUAAUAAAUUAGAGCCGCUGGCGUGGCUUCUUCGUUAUUGCAUCAGUGUGUUGGGCCCAAGAGAGAUCCUCUAAGAUAUUAACAUCCAGCAACUUGAAGCUGCUCACCCUUUCCACUGCUGACCCCUCAAUGCAGACUGGUGUGUGUUCUCUUGGCUUCCCCUUUCUGAAGUCCAUAAUCAAUUCCUUGAACUUGCUGUCAUUGAGUCUGAGGUUAGGUCGGUUAAUUACCUGAUCUCUACCCUGCUCUUUCAACCCAAUUGUUGGUGUGGUUGUUUCAGUUAAUUUUCUGACUAAAUGUGUACACCCGUUAUAUUAAAGGCAGAGGUCAUGGUAUUGGUGGUACCACUGAUAGUCAUUUAUAAUGGUUAUUACCUGUGGCAAGAAUAUUUAUCUGCACAUCAGCCCUGGCUUAAUGUUCAGUGGAAACGACAGAUUUAUUGACUCGAAACUCUCAAAUUUGGCUGCAGAAUUUGAACUUGAUCUAUGCGUUAUGAAUUCAAGUGGAUCAGCUAGAUAAUGAGAAGGCGCUAAAAUGUUUAGUGUUUUUUUUAUCAAAGCUGCUGAGACAUGUUGCAAUGGAUUUAUCUUGACACUAUUUGAGUGUUUGGCUCUGACUCUAUUACUCACUGCCUUAUCUUUGCACUAAAACAUUUUGGAAAAUUACAAAUGGAUAUUUGUGUUACAGUUAAUUGCUGCUGAAUUGUAGCAACACAGAACUUUAUAAAUAUGUAUGGGCUUACAGCGGCAUUCACAGUGUGGUCUAACUUCUGAGACUAUUGUAGCUGAGCUUGUUCUGUUAUCCUGUUAACUUUUUAGUUUGUAAAUUAUAUUUAGAACCUUGUAAUAGUUCAGUUGCUCUGUAAGCCAUAUGCGCCUGCCUGAAUCAUAUUAAUGUGGAAAAUGCAACACCCAGUUUUUCCACACAGUAAGUAUUCCAGCACCAUCUCAUAAUCCAGCUGAUCUGUUUGAAUUCAUAAACACAGUGGUAUCCUGCAAACAAAACCAAAAACAAUUUGGAUAAUCUUUUGAGGGUUCAAGUUGGCCAGAAUACUGGCAAGUACUCCCUUGUUUUUUAUAAUAAGGCGCUGAGUAUUUUUAUGUCCAUUUGAAAGGGAAGAUCAGACUGUAGUUUGAUACCUUGCAUUGGCCAGACAAAAUAUGUGCUCACAUCCCUGAAUGGAUAGACGAACAACCUUAGGAUCUGGAAGUGAGAACACAGAGGCGGCUCUGUACUCACUCAGAUACUGCCAAUUGCAGUUGCAGCUUUAUGGGUGCUUUCCAGUACCAUGUCAACACUUAGAAUGUGGGUUUCUGAAUAAAUUGGCACUUUGAAGGUAUUUAAAGAUUUUGGUAAGAAUUCUGCUGCCUCUUUGUCUAGGACAACAGGUGAGUGAUUUUAGUAAGUCAAUUAGGAUAUAGUAUGUAAACUGGAUUUUAUAGAUAGGGAAGGGGAACAAGAAGCAAGGAUGAAUGUACUUGCAUUGCUAUGAAAAGUCGUGAUUUAAAAUUGAAUGGUAUCCACUUGUUCUUUCUGCAGAUUACAGAUCCAUUAUCGUGCUCUUGGCCUGGGGUUGGUAUUCGGAGGGAGGGGAGUGGAUAGAGGAAAAGUGUAGGGAGGAGGGAGGAAUUUAAUGCAAGAAACAAAAACAAAAUAAUCGAAACUUAACACUUUACAGCUUGCUGAUGUAUUUGCUUGGCCAAUGUGAAUGCAUUACUUCAUUGGUGCAGUAUGUAACGAUCCCUUUUAAAUUCGAUGCAAUUAACUCACUCGUUCCCAGGAACACAUGUUGGGUGCUGAGUGAAAUACCAGUGUAUGUGUUUUGAUUAGCAUUGUCACUAAUAGUGAAAUUUCUUUCUGUUGCUGUACGUGAGCUGAAAAUAAACAAAACUGUCAAUCCAAGGCUGUUGGGAUCUUUUCUGAAACUGCCCAGCAGUCUUUAGGUUAAAAAUGUGAAUAGUGAAUUUAUAUUUGUUGAUGACAUGCUCCAAUAAUGUAACAAUAUGAUUUGUGUACAAAUAACUGCUCACUGUGGUA